AUGUCGUCUAAUUCCGGUCAAGCCCCUGGCUCUUCCAAGUCACUGAAUAUUCCGAAUCAGUCUGCUGCGUCGACAUUUCAUUCGGCUCCGUCGGUAGACAGUGGUUUUCAACGACGCGCGGGAGGUUCGGGCAGUUUUGGGGCAGGAUUGACGUCGAGGAAUUCCAGCUCUCCUAGGAACAAUCAGUUUCGGAGGAACAAGCACAAGUCAACGUGUCCUCGGUUGCUGGAUGAGGACGAUUACAGCGAAUCUGAACAGGCCAUCAUGAGAUCUACCACCAGUCGCAAAGGGCAAACAUCCAUCACGCAUCUAAUGAACUUUUCUCUCCCUCCUCGCCCACAGUAUCACCCCCAACCACGCAACUCCCGUCGAUAUGCAUCUUGGGGUUUGGGAUCGGGCCACCACGCGAUGGAUAAGGCCCGUUACGUUCACGCCAACUACCGGUUUAUCGUGACACCCGAUCGAAGUUAUCACGUGCAAGCGGCCAAUGCCGAUGUCCAUUUGGACUGGGAUUCCGUGCUCCAGGUGUUGGUGUCGGCGGAGACCCAAUCCGCCAGCUGUCCCAUCUGCCUAUCAACGCCGGUGGCCCCGCGAAUGGCGCGGUGCGGUCAUAUCUUUUGUCUUCCCUGUCUGAUUCGCUACAUGCACUCCGCCGAUGAAGAGAACCAGGUUCCGGAGAAGAAAGCGCGCUGGAAGAAAUGCCCCAUCUGUUGGGACUCGAUCUACAUCUCUGAGAUUCGGCCUGUGCGAUGGUUCCGUGGCCAAGAAGGCGACCUGCCCAUCGAAGGCGGUGAUGUGGUGUUAAGGCUGGUUAAGAGAGAGCCAGGAAGCACUUUGGCCCUUCCUCGGGACGGCGCUGAAGGGCUUGGCCCCGAAGAGGAUAUUCCGUGGUAUCACGCUGCAGAAGUCGCCGACUACGCGCGCAUCAUGAAAGGAGGGGAGGACUACAUGAAUUCGCAGUACGAGAUGGAAAUCGAAGACCUUCGGCGGCAGGAGAUGGAAGAUGAGCUUCUGUUUGGUGACGAGACUACAUGGACGCAAAAGGCCAUUGUCGCGGUUAGGGAUGCUCAGCUAAGGCUCCAGGGAAUUGGGAACCCACCUGAGAUUUCGCACCAGCCUCCGAUGGCGAGACCGACCAAGAGUCCUAUCCCUAUUCAACCGCCCCAGGACGAAGUGGCCAUGAUGGAUUCGUCCCAGCAUGCCACUACAUCGUGGAAGACUUCCUCGGCGGAGUCGAUGCCAUCAUCGAAUACCGAUCCAAGCGUCGUGCCUGCACAAACUAUCACAAAUGAGACAGACAGCUUAACACACACGAUGAGUCAGGUCGACCUUGGCUCGAUGGCCGAGGCGAAGUCCAAACAACGAAACGCAGGAGUUGGACAGAGCCGUGAAACCAAUGGCGCCCAUUCAUCCGACCACCCAUUCUAUUUCUACCAGGCCCUACCUCAGUUCUACCUUUCCCCCCUCGAUAUUCGCAUUCUCAAGGCCGCCUUUGGCGACUAUUCCUUGUUUCCGGCGACCAUUCUACCUCGGGUCGAACAUGUAUCCACCGGACAUAUCGUCGACGAUGAACUCCGCAAGCGGGUCAAGUACCUCGGGCAUCUCCCCCAGGGCUGCGAAGUGAAUUUCCUGGAGUGUGAUUGGCGAGAUGUGGUCGCGCCGGAAGUUUUGGAUCAGUUCCGCGCGGAAACGAGCCGGCGAAGGAAGCGAAAUAAGGACAAGGAGUUGCGCGAAGAAAAAGACCGGAUCCGCGCUGAAAAGGAAGAUGACAAGCGAUGGGCUGCAGCGCAUCGUAAGCGGCCCAGUAUCGGCAGCAGUAUUGACCCUCCAUUCUCCGACCGAGAUUUCCAGCCCUUGGCGAGCGGAUCCUUUGACGUCGGCCCGUCGUCCGCGUCUCCCCCUCGGGUCCCUUCACAGUUUGGAGCAUUGGCCUCUCCGUCGACAAGCCCUCCCGGAACUCGCACCGUAUGGGGAACGGCCGCUGUGCCCUCGCUCUCGCAGCCGACGGAUUCGCAGCAAGGGCCCGCUCCUCCUCGCGAUGGUUGGCUUGAGGGCUGGGAGGAGGAAUUGCUGGCACAUCAGGAGCGCGAACUAUUGGCACAGACGGCUAUUGAGGCAGGCAACCCUCCUCCACCAUCUUCUACGGGCGGGAAGAAAAAGAAGAACAAAAAAAUCACCCUGAUGUCCACCAAUAUCCAGAGAGGGGCAUGA